UCAGCACCUCAUGUAGUCGUCGUGUGGCGAUGAUGGGAAGGACUUUGGCUGGAUUGACGUUCGUAAUUUCUUUUGCAGUACAGGUGAUCAGUAUGGGGAUGUUUCAAGUUUCAAUCAUGUCUAUAUAUAACUAUCGAGGACAGAAAGACAAUGGACACUGUUGCGAUGGUAACCAGGAACGCCCGCCUUGUACAAUGGAGUGCCGCACGUUUUUCUCGAUUUGUCUGCUUCAUUACAUUACAGAUGUACCUGACAAUCCAUCGUGUCCGUUUGGACAUACAUUCACGCCUGUCCUUGGCGGAAACACCAUAAAUGAGACAGCCCUAGCCGUCCUCAAUUAUUUCCCGCUUAAAAUACCGUUUUCCUAUGCUUGGCCGGGGACAUUUACACUGGUGAUAGAUGUUUUACAUGAUGCCUUCCACAACAGAACACGCACAGAUCGAAGCCAAAGAAUAUUGCGUUCCGUGGUAAUCGACACACUUUAUCCUCCCACUGUUUGGAAAAAAGAAACGGAAGUAUCGGAAUCAGUUGACCUUUUCUACAACUUCCGGGUCCUUUGCGAUGAAAACUAUUAUGGCCCUGAAUGUAACGUCAUAUGCAGACCCAGGAACGACAACCUCGGACAUUACCUUUGUGAUGAAAACGGUACAAAAACCUGCCUGCCAGGAUGGGAAGGAGAACAUUGUCAGCGAGCUCUUUGUCUCGACACGUGCAACAAGACAAAUGGGAUAUGCGAGGAACCCUUCACCUGUCGCUGCAUUAUGGGAUGGACUGGCGAGUCCUGUGACCAGUGUCUAACCCAUCCUAAAUGUAUGAACGGAUAUUGUUUACAGCCCUCGCAAUGUAUUUGUCUGGGUGGAUGGCGGGGAGAGUAUUGUAACAUUGACACGAAUUUUUGUAUGAAGACCCAGCCGUGUUUGAACGGAGGAACUUGUAUUUUUAAUUUACAAUCUAACUACACAUGCUUAUGUCAUCACAACUUUACUGGAAUUCACUGUGAAAACCCGCUAUGUUACCCAGGAUUCUGUGAAAAUGAUGGUCUCUGCCAGGACGAAGAACGUGGGCCGAUAUGUACGUGUCCACCAGGGUAUCACGGAGUAAGAUGUGAGAUUCCUGUCCCCACAUGUCUAGAGAUUGAGUGCAGAAAUAACGGCACGUGUAUAAUGAAGGAUUUCGGCGCUACGUGUGAUUGCGUGGCACCGUUUAUCGGAAAGAGGUGUGAAACGUAUAAAAACCCAUGUGACGCUGUUCCUUGUAAAAAUGGGAAAUGUUUCAAUAAAAGCAGUUCCUAUACGUGCUUAUGUGAAGAGGGUUAUAAGGGAGAUAACUGUGAUAUAACUGUCGAUCUCUGUGACGACUACAUUUGUCACAAUGGUGGCACGUGUUUCCUAGAUAGUUCAAGUAAACUUCCUGUAUGUGCUUGUGGAGACAAUUAUUCUGGAUAUGACUGUAGAAACACUAUAGAUCUUUGUGUUGAUCAUCAAUGUCAAAAUGGCGGAUCUUGUAAAGUGACAUCAUCAAAUUUUAAAUGUGAAUGUACGGAUGGAUAUUCCGGUGAUUAUUGUGAACACAAACGUGACUCAUGUGAAAAUAUUGUUUGUAAAAAUGGCGGUAUUUGUAAACAUUUUGAGAAUUCCACCAAAUGUGUAUGUGGCAUUCACUACAAGGGACGGCAGUGUGAGGUUCCUCUUCUUCAAUCCGACCAAUCAGCAACACACCCGACUCUGGGGGACAGAGACCGAGAUAUGGGUUACGUAAACAGAGGAUACAUUCUUCAUCUCACGAUCUACACAACAACGGGAACAACGCUUAUAAUAACAUAUUUUGGUAAACUAUUAACACUUUAAAUUUUUUUAAUAAUCUAAUUUUAUGAAGAUAUUUGCUGUACCUGCUUUCAAAGAAUUUGAUUUUACAGAAAAAAAUUAAGACUUUAUAGAGAGUAGAAAUAUCAAAGUGUUCUUGGAUAAAAGGAUAACUCUAAACACCACUACUGUGACUCAAGUAUGACGUCAUUAACAACAUGAAUGAUUUCCCUACGAUACAAAACAGGCGUGUCAGCUGUUUCGUAAGUCUAUUUUUGCUCCUGUUUUACAUAAAAAACAGAUCUUACAUUGCAGAACAUGUCAACACGUCAGACUGUUAAAAAUGAACUGUUUUGUAGUUUUGAAACCCUUAAAGGAAUGUAACCUUGUAAAAUACAAGCAACAAUAUGCCGCUCGGCUAGAGAGAUUUCUUUUAGCUCGAUAGGUUGAGGGUUAGAAUAGUAAGACAGAGGUUCCGGGUUAGUGGAGACAUUUAAAUAAUGACCUAUGUUACAUUAUCCCCCCUCCCCCACGUGGGAACUCCGGAUCAAUGCUUAGCGUUAACUUUUAAUCAUAUUCCAUCACAGUUGUCACCCUUCCAUUUUCGCCGUGAAUGGCAGACGAGCCAUCGUGGAAGUGACAUGUGAAAGACAUUGAGUCGAUACAAUUUGGAGAACAAGAACCACGUGAUACGGUGAUUUGACGAGUGUUCCAAAGACAUGCGUUGUAUCGGGGAAUUACGUACGAAAACUGCCUAGAACCAGAAUUUUAAUCUACAAAACCGUACAUCAUUAGUAUCCGUCAUGAGAACUAAAUGUUGACUAUAUAUAUUUUUAAAUUCAACAAACCUAGUUUUACGUGCUUGAAUUUUUUCUCGAUUUUAUUUCGGUAAAAUAAACAUUGGUGGCCAUGGUUACAGGGAAAGUCGAAGGGUUUGGUACCCUCAGAUGUCAUGACAUCAUUCAGUCUAUAAAUCGGCUUAUUUCCGGGCAACCAUAGCUAAAACACCCCCAUAAAACAUCAAUAUCAAGUGUUCAAAACUCAUUGAAAAGGAAUUAACUCCAAUAACACAGUAAAUCUUAAUCAACCAUAAUGACAUGGAGCUACACAUGUAACUCUAAAGUUGCUGAUGUUUUACUAAAUAUAAACCAAGCUACAUUCUUGUAACUGUGGUCAUGAACUGUAGGUAGCUUAACUAACACUAACCUUACGAUGCAGACGCUAUUUACUAAGCGUCAAUGGUCGUAACUAUUUACGAUGUGUUGAUGAAACGUUAUUCUCAGAAAUAAAUGUUUUAUUUAUGACGUUAUUCUGUUGUUGAUUUACAAUUGUGAA